GUCAUGCUCUAGUACGUGUUCGCUAUAUGGGACCCAUACUGAGAGUAAUGACGCAACUUGUUAACCAUCAGCCCCAUUAGCAUUUAGUUACAUGCUUGUCUUUUACUCAACAAGUUAUAUCUGACAUCCAGGAGCUACUUCUAAUUUUCCAUUCAACAAACAUGGCAUGAAGAAAGACCAUACAAUUGAAGAUUAAACAGUGACGGCACUCGGAUCUGUCGUAUCGGUACAUAGUCGACAUAAUACAAGUAUUAUCUUGAUUACAUGGUGAUUGAGGAUAUCCAUCAUGGCCAUCUAUGUCAAUGACAGUCAUCAUGGCGACCAUAAUCACUGGCGUCGAAUGAAUAACAUCAAAGGCCUGGUAAUGUUAGCUGUCCUGGUGUUUGUAGCGGGUAUUGUUCUCUCCGUUUUGACAGGGGUACCAUACUACGGUGGUCUUAUCUGUACUACCGCUAUAAUCAUGGGCUUCUUGGGUUUCUUCUUACUAUGGAAGUAUAAAGGAUCAGGACGAGUUACAGUGGUAUCAACGAGCGGAGGACAUCAAUCAACCACAGUCCAGAGCUCGUCAAUGAUGAGCCAGUCGUACCAACAAAGCAUGCAACAAACAGUCAGGUCGCAUAGCAUUGUCAGUAUGACCAGUCGGACCAAUGUCCAGCGAAGUAGCAGCGUGGCACGCCUACAAGAUUCUGGUGUGUUGGGAUGGGGUGGUACCCCGUCCUCGCAACCUGUUGAUAAUGGAUGGAUGGCACAUGGUAAUCCAUCACGUGGCGGACACACACAUCCUCCUCCUCCUCAUCCUCCUCCUCCUCACGCAGGGCAACCAGGGACUGCAUCCCAACCUGGAGGCUACGCUCAACCCGGGGGGUACCCACAACCAGGGGGCUAUCCACCACCAGGGGGAUACCCACAACCAGGGGGUCACACUCAACCAGGGGGCUACCCGCAACCAGGGGGUCACACUCAACCAGGGGGCUACCCGCAACCAGGGGGUCAGACUCAAUCUGGAGGCUUUACCAACCCUGGUGGUAACAGACCGAGCAGUACGGUUGGUGGAUUUACCAACCCAGCUGGACCUUCGACAAGACCAGGUCCAUCCUCAUACACUGAUGCUCCACCUUCUUAUGCAGAUGCAGUCAGACUACCAGGAAAGUCAUAGCGAAGCGAUAUCAAUCCCAGAACUACAAAUCUAAGUCCUCCCAUGGUCUCUUCCAGCAACGCUCGCAAUGACAAGUUUAGCGAAUUGCUGAAAGGCUACCAGAGCUUAACGUGAUGUCACAUCAUCAUUAGCUUGAAUUUUCUGCGUCUUCAGAUGCAAAGCAUAAUGGAGAAUCAAAAAUUAUUUUGCCAAACUGUAAUCUGCAUAACAUUCUAGGAAAUGCAGUUCUUCCAUGCGUACAAACGGAACAAGGUAUCGCAGCUAUCUGGACACAGUCAUCUCUAUAUCAGUGUAUCUGGUAACAAAAGCGUGUAUACUUUCAAAACCAAAUUACAAUCUACACUCCAAUUGUAUGGAAAUGCAUUGCAUUUAAUAUUUCGCAUGCUUGUAGAUAUAUACAGAAAACAAACGAUAUAACGAAAUGGAGGACAUUACAUCAGGGCCCCGUCGCAACUAUGUACAUAAGAGAUAGGAGACUGUAAACUUGCGAUAGAUUAGAGGACUUGCGGUCGAUUUAGAUCAAUCGCAACUCUUUGUAAGACGGGGCCCUGGAAACAAUAUUAAUUCUAAAAUUGCAAUAGUUUAGUAACAAUUGAACAAAUUUGACAGAUUGAACAGUAUUGAAAGUAAGACUAUUUACACGUAAAAUGUGAAAAUGAGGGCCUUAUUGAAAAGGGUGGCUUGUGGCGGUAAAUACCUCUUAAUACAUGUUGGUUAAGUAAUUAUUCAUAAUCAUCAAUAGAGUAUGAAGCUAUGUGGGGUUUUAAGUGUUUAUCAAGAUAAAUGACGAGGACAGGUUACAAUAUUAGGGGAAACGAAAAUAGAUAAAUAUACAUAGAAACACUGUGAAGAAAGUUGAAAGAUUUAUGUCUAACACAGUUAGAGAGAAAAGCAGGAGUGAAAAAGUAUAUGUAUAUUUAUUGCAUUAAAAGAACAGGAGAAAAUAAGAUAGAUUAAUUUGUACAUGUGAAUGAACGAUGAAUAAAUUAAAUAGUAUUUAAGUCAAUGAA